AUUUAUUUUAAAUUGAAUCUCUUUGUAUUAUUGAAUCUCUUUGUGUUUUUUUGUAUGUUUGUGUGCAGGUUAUGGCUGAAGUGCCGCGGCUUUUGGAGGGGCCCCAUGACGCCGGCCACCGUUGCCACCUAUUUUUGAACCCAAAUAAAGAACAUGAUUAUCGGAGUUUCAGACUUCGAACCGUAAAGAAAACCUGCCCAAUACACAAUUAUUUCAUUCCUCGCCUUGACGCUUAUGGACUACAUGCUUUUGCUAGGCUCACAUCAAGCGAAGACCCAUCCCAGUUACGUUCGGACCCAUCCCUUUUGAGAUCCCUCGUUGACCGGUGGAGACCUGAAACCCACACCUUUCACUUUCGUUUUGGGGAGCUUGCACCUACACUGAAAGAUGUUUCUAUGAUCCUUGCUCUACAAAUUAGAGGUGAGCCGUUAGUCUCUCGACGAGUGUCUAAAACUUGGACACAAAAUAUAUCAGACCGUCUUGGGAUGACAAUGCCAGAAUCACAAUGUACUGGUGGCCCUCGUGGCAUCCCACUCCCCUGGCUUCAUGAUAACUUUCUUAAUUUUUCUAGCUUCGCUGAUUCUGAGACGAGGAAAAGACAUCUGUUUGCGUAUUUGUUGUGGCUCCUCGGGGUUAUGUUUCCAAAUUCACACGGGGACGUACUUCUCCCUGGUCUCAUCUACAUUGUGGAGAAGAUGGUAGAUGAACCUUUACCCGAGCAGCCAAAAUACAGCUUCGGUUCUGCCAUUCUAUCUCAUACAUAUAGAGGCUUGUGUGAUGCCACACAAAAAACUUCCUUCGCAAAAAAAGCUCCGUUACUUUGUGUCCCCUACGAGUUUCUACAGUUGUGGUCCUGGGAAUACCUCCCUGUAGGACGACCUCGUAUAAUAAAUCCCAUACACCCAUACGACUAUAGCGAGGGCAGCUGUGUAACUAUGGCCAGCAGGUGGACAAAGGCACGGAAACAUUGGUCUCCAAGUAUUGCGAAAAAUUGUUACCCUAUAUACCACCAGCAGUUUGAGGCACUUGAUGAGUCUGUAGUCACAUGGAACCCAUGGACCCAGGAGCAUGUACAGAUGGUCUUUGAUAUACGACCCAUCACAGCAGGCAUGUUGACCGAUAGUGCAUUCUGGCUGACUCGCUGCUACUUAUUGUUCAUGUGGUGUGUUGAGCCUUACAACCCAGAGCGUGUCAUGAGAUAGUUCGGUCUGUAUCAGGAGAUUCCACCACCUUUUCCAAGAUGUACGGAUGAGGAAACCCAUAAGCUAACCAAUAUGGGCCACGGUUGGAGUCUUUACGAUUGGAGGGAACGCAAGAUUCAAUGGGUACAGAAGUGGGAAAAUGAAGCGCUAGCAGAUAUAGUGUAUCAACUUAGACCGUACGAUGGAAGUACAGCUCAAGCGUACAAGCAGUGGUACUACAUCAGCACGCGUACAAGCCUGGCCGGUCAACCAGCUACGAUACCAACAAAUCUCACGCACGAGGAGCAGAUGCAGCGACCUGUUGAGCUGCAUGCAGCUUACUAUAAUGAC